AUGCUCGCGGCAAGAGCAGGCACAGAUCCCGAGUUGAAGGCAGUCAUGAAGAUUGUGGCGGCAGGCUCAGCAAGCAAGGAGCAGCUCGAGUUCUUCCAGACACAUAUCAACGAAUUGACCAACAUCCUCGCGAGACAGAAGGAAGAGAAGAUGGCCAAGCUUCCACAACCUCCACCCACCCCGAAAGCUCCACCGCCUCCUCCGCCACCGAAACAGAUAUCCCAUCCUCCACCCCCACGGCCUGUUCAGCCACUUCCACAACAAAUACAGCCCAACACACCGAAGCCAUACAACCCGGUUCCCAUACAACAAGGCCAGAUGCGGCAUGCGCCUCCAAUACAGCAGCCGCACACGCCAUAUGGAAACAGCUACAAUAAACCACCCCAGUAUCACCCCCAACAUCCAGCCCCGACCUACACUCCACCGCCGCGGACAACCUACCGCCCAUUGGUCUUUAGUUUUGUACAUGGCAACGAGGACAAGUUCUACUUUCCUUCCUACAGUUUCAUGGAAUGGCUGCCUAAUGGAACUGGCGCGAAAUUGUCGUUCUUGAUUACAAAGAUGAAACCGAAGCCAGAACCCGAAGACAAACCUCCAUCUACACCCGCGCCAAAGCCAGAGGCAGUACCGGUACAAGCGCCAACGCCAACGCCAACGCCAGCACCUACAUCUACACCUGCACCGAACAUUGCGCCGCAUGCGACACCCGGCGUGCCUACACCGGAUGCCAUGACACCCACACCCAACCCUACCCUCACGCCUAUACAGCCCGCUACAUCAGCUCCUCCAACACCUUUCGUCCCACCGAAACCACCACAACGCAUAGAAGACUUCGACGAGAUGAAUGAAAUAGACAAUAUCGAAUUCUACCAGCCCGUCACUGUCCUUCUCCUCAUCGAGAACGACGAAGGCGACGAAAUCGCAAGUGCCUUACCACGCUCAGUACGCCCACCACAUGUCGUGGAAAAAUACAUGAAUGCGGUUUUCGAUCGGUGCAAGCGCGCAGAUGAGACAUAUCUAGCAUUCAGAUUACCGAGGGACGGCGAUGAACCGGUCGAGAAGAAGGCCAAGAGUGGAGAAGCAACACCUGCUCUGACACCGACGGUGGAUUUCAACAUGGGUGGCUUUGGGGCGGGCCAGGCAGCUGUACUUGAGAAGAAGAAAGCUGGACGGCCUAGGAAGAGUCUGGUUUAG